AUGUCUGCUGUCUACCUUCUCCUCCUGCUGGUCCCCACAAUCUCAGCUCAGACUUUUCGCUUUGGUGCCUGCCCUACUCCGAAGGUGCAGUCUAACUUCAGCCUUCAGCUGUACCUGGAUAAGUGGUAUGAGAUUGAGAAGCUGCCUGCUUCUUUUGCCAGAGGACAGUGCAUUGAAGCGAAUUAUUCCGUAAGGAAAGAUGGGACCAUCCGAGUGUUGAACUCUCAGGUUGUGGGUGGUAAAAGGGAGUUUUUAGAAGGGACAGCUGUGGUUCCAGACCGACAAGAACCAGCUAAGCUUGGAGUUUCCUUCUCAUAUUUUACACCCUAUAGCCCAUACUGGGUGCUGGAGACAAACUACACCAACUACACCAUUGUGUACUCCUGCACAGACAUUCUGCGCAUAUUCCACGUUUACUACGCCUGGAUUCUCGCACGGUCACCCUCCCUGCCUUCAGAGACGGUGCAUUACGCCAAGCAGUUGCUGACUGAUAAAGGAAUCGAUAUUUCCAAGAUGACUCCCACAUAUCAGAGCUGUGGAAAUAUUUAG